AUGGCGAAUUUUAGUUAUUCGCGGUUAGCAUUUUUGUUAGUUGAUGUAAAGAAUGUUUCAAGAUCCAUCAAAAAUAGGAAAAGUGGGAUUAUUGAUUACAUUGAAACCAGGAAAGUGAACAUCAUAGGUGGAGUUGAUUACUCAUGCAUACUACGAUAUCGAAAGCUUGCUCCCUCUCUUUGCUUCUCACUACUCGAAUAUUCAAAUAUGGAACCACCUUCAGUCAAAGUGAGGAUAGAGAAUUUGAAACCUAAUUUCAUCAAAGAACCACAUUGUAAAGAAUUCGAGGCCAAACCAAUUGAAGUAGAGUUCUUGUCAACUAACCAUCGUUCAAAAUUACAAGGCCCAUCUCUAAACAGUCAUAAUGUUACUUUAAGGCAUGAUGAAUAA